AAACUGGCACGGCUACCGGCAAAUUAAAAGACGUGUUGUUUUUCACAUUUACGAAAUAAAGAGGAUAAAAGAUUGAAUCGAUUCCGAGCACGAGCAAGCCAGGGCCCCAUCAGUUGCUGGCAAGCGAAGUCUAUUUCCCUUUAAUACCCCUUCUCUGUCUUUUUUCGAGAGCAACUCAUAAAUUGAGCAAAAAUGGAGAGCAAGCGGAAGCGCUCUUUCCUUGAAGAAAUCGAAGACAAUGAAUCUGAAAAAUCCAAGCAGAAGAAGGUUAGAUUUCCUAAAGGUAAGAAGGUGAAGAGUGGAGAUGAAAUAGUGGACAGAGGCAAAGCUGGAGAAGAAGGCCCAAGUGAGAGGAAGGAUCCUCGUCUCGCUGCCAAGGAACGUGCUAUUCUUCGCAAUGAAAUUACUGCUCAAAUUUUUAGUGAAGAUACCAAUGAUCCCUCUGCUGCUGAAGUCGCUUAUGAGGAGAAUGAGAACUUUGUUGAAGAUGGCAUUCAGAUAGAACCAUUUAAUCUCGAGAAAGAGAGAGAAGAAGGUUAUUUUGAUGCAGAGGGCAAUUUUGUUGAAUACAUCAAUCAAAAUGAAAUCAAGGAUGCGUGGCUGGAUAGUAUUCAAGUUGAUCCAAGAUAUGCUGGGAAAAACUCUAUGGUUAGAAUUAAUGAACAUGAUGACAAAGAUGAUGUCCGUGAACUUUCUUCCAAAGAAAUUGGAGCAAUGAAGAAGCGCAUUGCCAACUUGCUUGAGCCAGGAGAAACAGUCUUACAAGCUUUGAGAAGGUUGAAAGGAAGAUCAAAUAAGAGCAAGGAAAGGAUGCCGACUGAGACACAGCUUCUGUUUGACCAGCUAACUGAAGAUGCCAACAAGUUGUUGGAUCAUGGCGAGUACAAUGUAUAUUAUGACAAGCAAGAGGUUUUCAGGCGUGAGGCAGAAGGAUAUGAAAGGUUAGCUUUAGCUAGGGGGAAGGGCACAUCCAUCAGUGAUGUCCUGGAGGAUUCUGAUUCUAGCAUGGAGAAGGACUUGUCAUCUGGUGUGACUGAUCGUGGUGCAGCCUCUUCAGUGCUCUCUGAUAUGGAUGUGGGUACUUCAAUCCCAAAUGUAUCUACUGCAGAAAUCUCAGGCAAUGACGGUAAUGCAUACGACAUGUUUGGGGAUGAUGAGGACAAUGCUAUAGCUGUUGCAUCGUCUGACGUUAGUAAUUUGGUCCCUGGCACCAAGUCUAAUGUAGCCUGUCAACCAUCAUCAGAUGGUCUUAAUGCCAUCUCUGGAACUGGACCCUUGCAAAAUGAUUAUGUCUAUGAUGAGACUUCUGGGUACUACUACAGUAGCAAUUUGGGAUAUUAUUAUGACCCAUCUACGGGACUGUUCUGCCAGGCAACAUCAGGGCAAUGGUACUUAUUUAAUGAGGAAACUGGCACGUACAAUGAAAUUCAUAAUGAAAUUCAUGAGGUUGCAACCAAUGCAAACUAAAGGAACUGGUUUUGUUGCUUGUUUGAGGAGUUUGUACAGGUUUACAGAGGAAAAGUUGUGAUAUGUGAACUGAUAUAACAACUGUUCUCUAUGCUAGUGAGCUGGCCUGACCCAUGAAGUGAUUUAUCAUUUUGAAAGAUGAGCUAAAGUUUCUCGAUUGUGAAUGCUAAUGAGGACUUGUAGGUAUGUGGUGUUUUACCAUUUUGUGUUUAGAAGCCUAUUAUCUUCAAAAUCUUGAUGUUUUGUUGUGACAAGGAUAGGAUGAAGCAAAUUUAUCCAAGCAUCUCUUAGAAAUUUCUCUCAACACUUCUGAAGAUUGUUAUUCCAUUGAUUGAGUUACUUCUCUUUGGGUUUGAUAUCUAUUAUUGAGGGAUUAUCUCUUUAGGUUGGAAGUUGUUUUGAAUUUUCUAGUGCCUUCUUUGUUCUUGUUGGUUGAUUCUUCUGGAAUUGCAUGUAUAAUUGGCACUGCCGCUUGUCAUGAACUUUUUGUAAUUAUGCAGUUUGCUGCAUAUAAAGAUUUCACAUCGCUGCUUGAUCUAGUCUUCACAUUGAGCAGCAUUACAGAGUGACCAAGAACCUAAAAGCAGGGAAACCCUGCUAGUAGAAAUUUUGAAGCUUUGGCGAUUCAGAAAUUGUGUACUAUAUCAACUUUUCUUGAGAUAUAUUGGAUGGUUGAACUUCCUGCUGCUAGAAAUUGGUGAGUGAAGAUUGGAAGAUACUUGAUUGUGAGUUGUUUCCCAUGUUCUCUUUGUAAGACCAUGUUCUUUUUUUAUAUAUUAAAAAAAAUAUUCUGUGUCAGCAAAUAGAAUAUAUUAAUAUGUGCGUUGUGCAUUUCCAAUGGAUUAGAACUUAGAAUCGAAAUGAAAGGAAAAAAAUGUAGGGGAGGGAGAAAAUCAACUUAGUUUGACAUAUUGCUCAUCAAGAGGGUUUAUUGUGUCAUGGGGAAUGAAGAAUCCAAAUCUGCACUUGCUUUUAAUUCCAAUUCUAUUCAAAAUCUGUAUUGAUAGUACAAGAUGAAGUUAAUUUGAUCGUUCCAUGAACCAAAAGGCUCUAUCCAAGUAGAAUUGUUUUAGUUCCUUUAAUGGGUUGUCAGUAUAACAUGUUUUCAUUUGAUAGUGUUAUAAAGUCCAACCUGACCUGGUGAUAUACCGACUUGAAACCUGGCUCAAGGUAGGUUUUAUUAGUUUUUUUUAAAAAAGAAGCUUGAGUUGGUUAUUUGAUUAGCAAGUUAACUCAUUCAAUUCAUGACCUGAGACUUGGGCAAGGUUAAUGAUAGUAAUUAGGCGAUAAUGGAAUGGAAAACUUACCCUGCAAACUUAAAGCUCCUAAAUUCUAUUAGUUAUUCUAAAUUUUAUUCAUUGCAUCAACAUUGAUGGCUUCGAUGUCGGCCAUGAUAGUUGUAAUGGAGUUAAAUUUGUUAGGGAUAUGUUGACAAAAACAGUGUUGAAACGACAUAUUGAACAGUGGCAGCUCGAGGGACUGUCAAAAUCAGCAACGUCGACAAAAUUGACAGUAGGGGUUGACGAUGAGUCUAGAUGAUGGAUAGUCCAAAGCUUGUUGAAAACACUACUAGCACAAAUGGCAACAUGUAUAAGCAAUGACAGCGUGUAUGUACAAUGAUAGAUUAGGUAGCAAUGUACAUCUACCGAUUCAACAAGACAUUGGUUGAUGUUUGACACGAAUUUUCACUUGGACGACAAAUAUUUUAAAGCAUGCAAGCACACCUAUUUUGGCAGCACUUGAGUUGGUAGAAUAGACAACUGGUUUGUUGGGUGGCAAGCCAAGGGAGAUGCAAUAGUUGGGGCAGUUAUUAGCAUUUGAUUGUUCACAAAACUUGCAUGUAGUCUUUAUAUAGUUUUUAUAUAAGUGUGUAGCAUGUAAGUUCUAUGAGUAGGUAAAAUCAUUGUACAUAGCACAUAGCACGCACAAAUAAACUUGUGUAUUCUUUUUGUUGAGAUUAAUAAAAGGUUGGGAUUAUUCUUAUAA